AUGGCUGACUUCACAUAUACCGACAAAGGAGGAGAGCACAUGCCACCAGUGCUUCAGAAGUUGGGAGCUCUCCCGGGCUUAUGGUGCCUUCAGACCAUCACGUACCACUUUGAGGUGAAAGGGACCGUGUUCGGCUGCGACGAACCUUUCCGUCUCAGCCAAAAGCAAAUGAACCAGGCUCGUAAGUAUGCUUAUAGGAACACAGACAUCCCUUCCGACUUCUUCUUCAGUGCACGCGUGUACAAUGUCGAGGCAACACCCGAUCUUGGGGUUUAUCCCGAUCCAUGGUGGCGUAUCUUCAAGUGUCGUUGGUCGAUGACCGCAUCGAACAAUGGGUUUUUCGAUCACCCCUGCACGCCCACGAGAGAGUCUCUGAGCAUUUUGGACAGGAUGAUUGUGUAUUUGGUUUCAUUUGAUGGGGUAACGUUUGCCCCGAGCUCUUUGAAUUGUUGGAGACGGGGACAUGUGGACAGACCAGACAGACAUUGUUGA